UGGCUUUUUCUAAUUUCUAGAGGUGGUAUAUGGAUAUUCACAUGUCGCCAACUAUAAACUAAACCCUAGCGACCAGCACUCGUCCUCGUCUCAGGGAGCCGCACGUACCAACCUGAAACUCUCAGCCUCUUCGAUCUUUGCUGCAAUUAACAAGGAUAAUCGAAGAUGAGUCGAGGAAGUGCAACGGGUGCCAAGGGGAAGAAGAAGGAAGCGACGUUCACGAUCGAUUGCGGGAAGCCCGUAGAGGAUAAGAUCAUGGACAUUGCAUCACUGGAGAAAUUUUUGCAGGAGAGGAUCAAGGUCGGAGGCAAGGCUGGUGCACUUGGUGAUUCCAUCACCGUAACCAGAGAGAAGAGUAAGAUCACCGUUACCUCUGGCAGCAACUUCUCCAAGCGGUAUCUCAAGUAUUUGACAAAGAAGUACUUGAAGAAGCACAAUGUAAGGGAUUGGCUCCGGGUGAUCGCAUCCAACAAAGAUCGCAAUGUUUAUGAGCUGAGGUACUUCAACAUCGCUGAGAAUGAGGCCGAGGAAGAAGAUUGAAACAAUUUCUUUAUCGAAGGACCUUGUUGGGGUCAGAAGCUUUUACAAUUUUGUUUAUUUGCCUACACAUUCAGUAUUGCUGUUGGAUUUGUAUGUGUACCUUAUUGGCACUAGUUAAGCAUAUCAAUUUUUGGCUUACAUAAAACCCCUAAAGAAGUUGAGUGUCUAUUUUUCUGAGAUUCCAACGGUUUAAAAUUGCUGUUGCAAGUUA